UAUACCAUAUCAUACAAGCUCUUGUAUAUCUCGAACUGGCAUUGACUUUUUUUUUUCUUUCUAAAGUCAACCCAGUUUUUAGUCUAGCUAUAUUCCCAUAAUCUACAAUAGCUAGUACUAAGAAGACAUGGAUGGUGUUUGUCUUCAUGAACAAAAGACAGUGGUACAUGAGCUUACUCAAGGAAUAGAAAUGGCUAAAAAGUUAAGGGUCAAUCUCAAUUCAGCUGAAGCAAGAGAAUUCUUGAUACAGAAAAUCUUGUCUUCAUAUGAGAACGCAUUGUCUGUUCUUAAGUCAAGGGACUCCACGGGGCAGCCUUUGGUAAGUAGCCAGCCGGCAAACAGUCUGCCGGAGUCAACAAAUUCCAUUGGGAGCUCAUGGAGUAGAGAAUUCGAGUUUGACUACUUUGAUCAAUCCUUUUUCGACCAGCAGAGCCAAAAUGCGGUUUCCAAAAAGAGGAAAUCCCCCCUGCUUCCACCCCCUUCACCAGAAAAACACAACAAAAGGCCAUGUCAAAACCACCAAAUAUCACCAACAAACCCCAAUGAGAUGCUAUCAAAUAUUGGAUCCAGCAACCACAGUGUCACCACCAGUGCUACUGGUUCACCCACAUUUUCCUUCCCUUCAACACCAUUUGGAUUCAUGGAAGAUUAUCAACAACUUGAUUUCCAGGAUCUCCUUGAUGAUGAACCAAUGCAAGUGUGUUCACCCCCAUUUAUCUCCCCCAAAACCUCUGAAUCAAACUAUUUUUCAGAAUGGGGAAGUUCAACAUCGUUAGAUUGUGCAGCUGAUCCGGCAGAUAUAAACCCUGAUUUCAUAUUCAACAGCUCAUCUUUCUUCUAGAAGGUUGUAGCCAUGAAUGUUGAAGAUGAUACCAAAAUUUGCUAUAAAUCGCAAAUGUGGCAUUCUUGAACUGGAUACGUGUAUUGAGCCUCGUUACACUUAUUGUUAGCGUCACCCUAAGAUGUUCUUCCUGGAGGUAAUCUGUCAUCAAGUUAGAAUGUACUAUAUAUGUAAUACAGAAUCUCUAUCUCUGUCUAAAGAGAGCUUCUAUCAUUUAUAAAGAUAGGAUGGGUAUGUUAUUCGCCGUGUUGUGAUGUGUUGUAGAGAGUUAGAGAUUAUAUAAAAGGAUAUUACUCCAUUCUUUAAAUCUUA